AGCAAGUAACUUUACAGCGUCGGCCCGCCAGCAGAUGUCACUGGAUAAUUAUAUGGUUUCCAGAGGGAUUUUCGUCCCGGUCGUCAUGGUGUACCGCUUUUAAAUCUACGGUCGAUGACACCUGCGUUUUUUUUUGUCUUGAAGUUUCGCGGAACGCGAACAGUUGGGUCUGCAUUCCCUUUUCUCCAGAGUCCAGACACGCACCGUUUUUCAGAGAGGGAGAGACGGUCCCCGUUUGUCCUACCCGCUGUCUUUACGCGUAGCUCAACAUGCGAACUAUUCUCUAGCUAGGUCAAACAUACACUUUUCCCGGUGUUGUUGUUUAUCUGGAACUUCGGGGAACCAAUAAUUAUAUUUGAGAAUCGGUGUGAUUUGAACUAGAAAGAUACUGCAUUCAGCACCGUUGGAUUUAAUGUGUUGUAUGCAUGCGGUGAACAUGGGUUUAGGAUGGAUCUUCGUAGCCGCUUUGGCUGGAAUUCUCACCGCAACUCCAGGAAUACAAGGAGCAUGUGUCUAUCAGGGAUCUCUGUUUGCGAACAACACCAUGUGGAGACCAGACUCCUGUCAGGAGUGUCAAUGCUUCAGUGACAUCACCGUCUGUCAACUUGCUACCUGCCUCAACCCACACUGUGACUACCAGAGGGGAGAGAGAUUGAGGAUCCCUCCCAACCAGUGUUGUCCAGAGUGCCUGCCCUCCUCCCAGGGCUCAUGUCAGCAUGAUGAAGCUGUUUAUGAGCAUGACAGUCAGUGGAGUGCCUCCCAGUGCCAGGUGUGUGUGUGUUCUGGGGGUAGUGUAUCCUGUAGACAGAGACCCUGUCCUCCUCUCAGCUGCCCCCCAGACCAGACCGCCUUCACCCCCGCCGGAGACUGCUGUCCCAAGUGUGUCCACAGUGGAGCAUCCUGUUCCUGGGAUGAACAUGAGUACAGGGAUGGGGAGGAGUGGAGGCCCAGCCCGUGCUCUAAGUGUGUGUGUAUGAACGGACGACCUCAGUGCUUCACCGCAGAGUGUCAGCCUGUCGCCUGCAAACAGCAUGAGAGUCUGGUGAUCCAACCUGGACAGUGCUGUCCACAGUGUCUCCCCACCUCCUGCCUGUCUGCUGGGAGGGAGCACAAGCAUGGUGAGCAGUGGCAGAAGAGCGGCUGCACCAGGUGUGUGUGUGAUCGUGGCCAGUCUCGCUGUCACACACACACCUGUCCACCCAGGACCUGUGAGGAGGGCCAGACCAAAGUGAAGAGGGCGGGGCAGUGUUGUGCCGACUGUGUUGCCGCCAACAAGGGCAGCUGCCUGUCCGAGCUCACCGUUCGUUACCACGGUGACAUGUGGAACGGCACCGACUGCGAGUUCUGCACCUGCGAGAGAGGACAGGUCCUCUGCCAGAGAGCCCAGUGUGCCCGAGUCCAAUGUCCAACGGGUUCAGAGCUGGUCCACCUACCAGGGAAGUGUUGUCCUGAGUGUCAGUCCAUGAAGACCUCCUGUGUCUACCCAGACCCUGAUCUGUCCUCAGGGAUAUCUCAGAGACCACUAGCGAACCAGGAGAGAUGGAAUGAGGGCCCCUGUAGGGAAUGUGAGUGUCGUGAAGGCAGGGUGACCUGCUACCUGAUGUCCUGCCCCACCUGCCCCCUGGGGACCCUGGCUGUACCCCACCAGGGAACCUGCUGCCCUGAGUGUAAACAGGUCCAGUGCCAGAGUGACUGCCUGUCUUGCUCGGGGACCCCUGACCACUGUGAUAGGUGUAAGGACGCUACCUCUCUGCUUCUGGACGGACGCUGUGUGUCCACCUGUCCUCGCGGUUACUAUGCCGAUGGAAAAGUGUGUACAGCCUGCCAGUCGUCCUGUGCCACCUGUGAGAAUGACUUUGAGUGCUCGUCCUGUGGGGGGUCCUUGCUAUUAAACAACAGGCACUGCGUGGCCACCUGUGACCCGGGGUCCUAUCAGGACCCGACUCAGUGCCUGCGUUGCCAUGCAUCCUGUUCAGUGUGUGUGGGGCCGAGCCAGCAGGAGUGUGUGUUGUGUUCUGACCCGUCCCACCUGCUCAGAGAUGGACUCUGUGUCCGAGACUGUGGAUCAGGCUUCUACAUCCAACAAGGCACCUGUUAUGCGUGCGACUCAUCCUGCAUCACCUGUUACCCCGACAACCCCAACUGCAUGAGCUGCCCCCCGGGAUCUGCUAUGCAUCAUGGGAAAUGUAUUUCCCACUGUCCGGAUCAGCAUUACCUUGACAGUCAUGGCCACUGCAGAGCGUGUCACAGCUCCUGCUGGUCCUGCUCCGGCUCCGCUGUGUCCCAGUGUUCCCUCUGCACCCAGGGACUGUCCUUCCACCAGGGCCAGUGUCUGGAGGCCUGCGGACUGGGGCUGUACCAUCAGGACGGGACCUGCCUCAACUGCCACCCAUCCUGUAGGACAUGUGUGGGUCCCCUGUCCACUGACUGUCUGAGGUGUCUGAAACCAGAGGAGGCCCUGCAGCUACUGACCAGUUCGCCUCACACACCACUACCUCACGGAGUGUGUGUGGCCCAUUGCCCUGCCUCAUUCUACCUGGACACACAACACACAUGCAGAGAAUGCCACACUUCCUGUUUACAGUGCACAGGAGGAAGUAGUCAGAACUGUACUUCCUGUUCCCCGCCCUACGUCCUCCAGGAAGGCCAGUGCGUCUCCAGAUGUCCCCCAGGACACACCGUCCAGGACAACACCUGCCAAGGGUGCCACCCGUCCUGCCAGGAGUGUUCAGGUACGUCCCAGGCUGACUGUGUGUCCUGCCCCCCCCUGGCCAUCUUCAACAACGGCUACUGCAGGACUAGCUGUCCAGAUGGGCUGUUCUUACACCCCCAAGGAUUCUGCCAGGAAUGCAGCAGUAAUUGCCAGCGCUGUGUGGCAGACCUCCAGACCGGCAUGGGCAGUGUGUGUCUGUGGUGUAAGGUUGCUAGGACCCUGUUGCUGGGAGACCACUGUGUCUCCCACUGUCCUCAAGGUCACUACCCCUGGCAUGGAGCCUGUAAGAGAUGCCAUGUUUCCUGUGAGGGUUGCAGUGGGGAGUGGCCUCUGUCUUGUACUUCCUGUCCCACCCCGAGCGUUCUACUGACCUCAGGUCUCUGUGGCCCCGCCUGCCCCUUGGGUUACUAUGCCGACAGAGACAGACGCUGCAGAGCCUGUGACGGCCAGUGUCUGUCCUGUGAGCUGAGUGGCGUGUGUACGGCGUGCCGUGACCCGGCAAAGGUUCUGCUGUUUGGAGAGUGCCGGUAUGACAGCUGUGACUACCAGUGCUACCUCAACACCACCACGCGCACCUGCAGAGAGUGUGACUGGAGCUGUAAUGAGUGUAAGGGUCCUCUGCGUACUGACUGCCUGCAGUGUAUGGAGGGACAUGUUCUGCAGGACGGACUCUGUGUCCAGGGCUGCUCCUCAGGGUCCUACCAGGAUGGAGAGAGAUGCCUCAGUUGUGAUGAGCAGUGUGAGGGAUGCCAGGGCCCAGGUCAGUGUGAGCGGUGCCAGCCUCCCUAUGUAUCCCUGCGGGGUCGCUGUGUGUUGGAGUGUGGAAGGACCUACUUUCUGGACUCCUCUCUACAGCUUUGUACAUCAUGCUCUGCUGACUGUGUGGAGUGUGAGGGGAUGGGUCGUUGCACCGUUUGUAGACAGGACACCUACCUAAGAGACGGAUACUGCACUCCGGACUGUGGACACGGUUUCUAUGCUGAUAAGAAGACCUGGACAUGCCAUGCCAACAGCCAGGCCCCAACCCUGCGUAUCAGUGGAUCUCUGUUGGUGCCCAUUGGGGGAACCAAACCCCUGGUCACCAGCUUAAUCUCUGCCCAGGACCAAGACAGCCCUCCAGAGAGCCUGGUGUUCCAGCUGCUGCAGCCCCCCAUGACAGGCUGUGUGGUUGUCCUGGAGGAGGGCAGGGAGACAGAGUUGGCCCGGGACGACACUUUCUCCUGGGCUCAGCUAGAGAGCGGACAGGUCCGCUUCACACAUGACAGAGACAAGGCCAGGAGUGGACAGUUCUCCCUGCGUGUGACUGACCCUCAGCUCUUCUCCCGACCAGAGAUGAUCCAGGUCCAGGCAGUGUCCAUGCAGGCCCCGCAGAUUCUUACCCUCAAUCCUUUGCUGGUGAACGGAGGAAAGACGUCGGUCAUCUCCAAGACCGUGCUUCAGAUUGACGACCCAGACAACCCUCAGGACGUCCUGGUCACGGUCCUGGACCCGCCCCAACAUGGCCGUCUGACCCGUCUCCACGGCGACCGGGCGCUGAGCCAAUUCAAGAUGGAGGAGUUGUCACGGGAACAGGUGCAGUACCUCCACGACGGGUCGCUGGGGAAACGGGACAGGAUACUGCUACAGGUCAACGAUGGACACAGCUACCAGAACAUUCUACUGCAGAUCAACAUCAAUCAGAAGCUUACCCAGGCUCGUCGUGUUCUGUCGGUGCCCGUCGCGUGGGUGAGAGAGGGAGGCAUGGUACGGUUGGGGAAGAGGUAUCUGAGGACAGAGUAUCAGGGUGCCAGCGAUGACCAGAUCGUCUACACCAUAGCGCGCUCCAAAGGAAGCCCCAAAUAUGGUAAAGUGGUGUUGGUGCCCAUGCCAGCCGACGGCCCGGUGGAAGGCUGGCAGCCCUCGCCCGAUGACAGGAGCUCUACCCCAACCUCCUCCUUCACUCAGCAGGAUGUGAAUGAGGGCACCGUGUGGUACAAACACUUUGGCGCUGCCGGGUCCAGUGGGCCUCAAGGAGACACCUUACAGUUCCAGGUGACCAGUGAGGGUUCUCCAGACACGCUGAGUGAUGCUCAGACCCUCACCAUCGGAGUGAUGCCUGAACUCCCAGGGUUCCCCCAGCUAGCACCUGCCUGUGACCUGCGCAUGACUGCUCUGGAAGAUCGUGUGACCGUGCUAACACCCACAGAUUUGUCCUUUGUGGACUCUGCGACUCCCAGUGAAAAGCUGGUCUACAACAUCACCAGGCCCCUACCUCAGGAACAAGGUUCCGUGGAACAUCGUGACAGACCCUACAACUCAGUGUCCUUCUUCACCCAAGCUGACAUCAACCAGGGCCGGAUCCAGUACCGCCCUCCGCAGGCCCCCUCUCACCUCCAGGAGCUCUACCAAUACUCCUUCACUGUGUCAGAUGGGGAACACACUACUCCAGAGAUGAGCUUUUCCAUCCACCUGUUGGCCAGCCACCAGCAGCCCCCCGUCCUCCAGAUCAUAGAGCCUGUUCUAGAGGUCAGCAUGGGGGGGAGAACCCCUAUAGGUGGGCAGCAGCUGGCAGUAACGGAUGCAGACACAGAGUCUGAUGACUUGAGGUUUGAGGUGGUGGAAGGACCGAUCCGUGGAACACUGGUCAAGAGGGAGUUGGACUCAAGGACUGAGAUGAUGAAUGGUGACAUGUUUUCCUUCAGUGAUGUGACCCACAACGUUCUGCAGUAUGAACAUUCCGGACUCUCCACUGACGAGGACGCCAUCACCUUCGCUGUUACAGACGGCUUCUCCAUGACGACGGCGGUGGUGCAGGUGGUUGUGUUGGGCGUCGGGGGCGACGGGCCCAGGAGAGACCCAGAGGCCCUGCUGUCCAUGGAGGUUCCUGAGAACAGUAGUAGUGUCAUCAGACGCACUCACCUGGGUUAUACGAGCGACACCUCUCCAGAUGAGAAGGUACGUAUUCAGCUGGUGUCAGUUCCUAUGUACGGCAUCCUGACCAGGACAGGGUCAGACUCAGACCACCAGGACAUGACAGAGUACUCCUCUUUCACUGUGGACGACAUCAACAAACACAGAAUCAGGUACAUCACUUCCUUUGAGACAGGAAACCAACCAGUGACAGACAUCUUCCAUUUCAUUGUUUACGACGGUGAAAACAAUCGCCUUGACAACCAGAUGUGCACCAUCACCAUCACCUCUAAGCGGACACAGCCUCCAGUGGUUGCUGUCCGCAGUGGCAUCAAGCAGAGUAAAGAGGUGAAGGCCCCAGUGGUGUCAGUGAACAGGGUCCGGGUGGAGGAAAACUCAGGAGUGGUCAUCACUAACUCCUCGCUCAACGUCCUGGACCAGGACACACCAGACAACGACAUCAUCAUCACCGUCGCCAAGCCACCUACCUACGGCAAGCUGCGUAGACGCCAGUUCUACUCCCAGCCUCUGGAGAACGGUCUGGUUCUGUCUCAGGGUUCCACGUUCACCUACCAGGAUGUGUUGGAUCUGCUUCUGGUGUACACCCCUGACCUGGCCAGCGGGGGCAGUGACGAGCUAGCCUUCUCCCUGACCGACGGCAUCCACACCAGUGCCGGGCAGCUCACCUUCACCAUCGACGUCAGGAAGACUGAAGGACCAAGGAUGACAGGUAACAGAGGGCUGCAGCUGGCCGCAGGCGCAGCGUCUAAGAUCACUGAGCAGAACCUGAAGGAAUCAGAUUCCGACUCAGACAGCCUGAAGCUGAGGUACAUCCUGAUCAAAGAUCCUCCUGUAGGAAGACUACAGCUUUCUAAAGGAGGAGGACAGGACUCGGUGGCUGUUAAAGGACCUGUCAAGAGCUUCACACAGGAGGAGACAAAGGAGAUGAUCGUGGACUACAGGAAAAGGAUGGCCGAGCAGGUGGAGAGCUUCAAGUUCCUUGGUCUGUUGGAGUACAGUCAUGAAAAGGGAGAUGAAGGAGGGAGCAUCUCCUUCAAGUUCAACCUGGUGGAUCCAGACAGCAACAAACUGAUUGACCAGUCGUUCUACAUCUCUAUACUAGGUAGUUCCCAGGCCCCCUUCUUCCUGAUGCUGUCCCCUAAUCACCAGCCAGAGGACCACUUUCCCCCUCUGAUGGUUGCCCAGACGUUCUACAUCACCAUCCGGCCGGUGGAUGACUCGCUCCCCCUGCUGGUGGUUCCUGGGAUGAAGGUUCAGGAGGGGGUCAGGAAGACCAUCACUGAGUUUGAACUGAAAGCCACUGACGCUGACACAGAGGAGGAGUCUAUCACCUUCACCGUAGUCCAGACCCCCCGUCACGGCACCAUGGAGCGGACCAACAACGGACAGCACUACCGUCAGACCAACAGCUUCACCAUGGACGACGUCUACCAGAACAGAAUCAGCUACAACCACGAUGGAUCCAACUCACUGAAGGACAGAUUCACCUUCACUGUAGCUGACGGGACUAACGUCUUCUUUAUGGUGGAGGAGGCAGGCAAAGAGGUGUUGACUGCUGCACCCCAGAUGUUUAAGAUCGACAUUCUACCUGUUGAUGAUGGAACACCUCGUAUCGUCAUAAACCUGGGUCUGCAGUGGCUGGAGUACACAGACAACAAGGCCACCAACCUGAUCAGUAAGAAGCAGCUGUUGACCAUGGACCCAGACACAGAUGAUGGUCAGCUGGUCUAUGAGGUCACAGCAGAGCCUAAACACGGCUUCCUGGAGAGCAAACUGAAACCUGGCGCUCCCAUCACCACCUUCACACAAGCUGACGUUAACCUGGGCUUGAUCCGCUACGUGCUCUUUGAAGAGAGCGUGACAGAGACCGUGGACAACUUUAAGUUCCUGGUGAAGGACGGCAAGCCCAACAUUGUCUCUGAUAACCUGUUCCAUAUCCAGUGGUCCCUCGUCAGCUUCCAACACCAGAGCUACAAUGUGAGUGAGAAGGCUGGCACGGUGUCGGUCACAGUGAAGAGGACGGGUAACCUGAACCAGUAUGCCAUCGUGCUGUGUCGUACGGAGCAGGGCACUGCCACCUCUACCUCCAGUGUGGGUUCUCUCCCCGGACAGCACGACUACGUGGAGUACGCUGGGCAGGUCCAGUUUGACGAGCGGGAGGACACCAAGGUGUGUACCGUAGAGAUCCAGGAUGACAAGGUGUUUGAAGGUGUGGAGAGUUUCCAGAUGGAGCUGAGCAUGCCCAUCUAUGCCCUCCUGGGUCAGGUGACCCGCGCCAGCAUCAACAUCAACGACACAGAGGACGAACCCACGCUGCAGUUUGACAAGAAGACCUACUACGUCAACGAGAGUACCGGGUUUAUACACGCCCCUAUAGAGAGGAAAGGUGACACCAGCAGUACGGUCUCGGCUCUCUGUCACACGGUCCCUAAGUCAGCUAAGGGAAGCGGUCCACACGGCCUGGAGUCUGGGUCGGACUAUAAGAGUCGAGGUAUGACUGGCGACAGCAGGGUCGUCUUCGGCCCCGGCGUCUCCAGGUCCACCUGCGACGUCAAGCUCAUCGACGACAGCGAAUACGAACUCUCCGAGGAGUUUGAGCUCCACCUGUCGGACGCCUCGGAUAACGCCCGCAUGGGCGAUGUCAGCGUGGCGACGGUGGUUAUCCACGGGCCAAAUGAUGCUUCGACGGUAUCCCUGGGAAACGCUACGUUUACGUUCAGCGAGGACGUCGGCACCAUAGAGAUCCCAGUGAUGCGUCAGGGCAGUGACCUGUCGUCAGUGACCUCUGUGUGGUGCGCCACGCGCCCCUCCGACCCCCCCUCCGCCACCCCCGGGGUCGACUACAUCCCCUCCUCCAGGAGGGUGGAGUUCAAAGCCGGAAAGACUGUGGAGACGUGCAGUCUGACCAUCAUGGAUGACAUCCAGAACCCAGCCAUAGAGGGGGCUGAGUCCUUUGUAGUGUUCCUCUCCUCCCCUCAGGGGGCCGUCCUUCUGGAACCUUUCCAAGCCUCCGUGGUCAUCACGGACACCUUGGACCUUCCCAGCAUGCAGUUUGAGAAGACGGCGUACAAGGUGACGGAGAAGGAGGGCGUGCUGGACAUCCCCGUCGUUCGAACGGGAGACCUGACGGUCAAGUCCUCUGUCCGUUGCUUCACUCGCACCAUGUCUGCCAUGGUGAUGGACGACUUUGAGGAGAGGAGAAACGCAGACGACUCGCGUAUCUCCUUCCUCCAGGGAGAGAAGGUAAAGAACUGCACGGUGCACAUCAACGACGACUCGGUGUUCGAGCCUGAGGAGGAGUUCCAGGUGCAUCUUGGGACGCCGCUUGGGGACCAAUGGAGUGGAGCCUUGGUGGGAGUUAGUGACGUUGUCACGGUAACCAUCACUAACGACGAGGACGCCCCCACCAUAGAGUUUGAGCAGGCGUCGUACCAGGUGAGGGAGCCUCCCGGGCCAGACGGCAUCGAGGUGCUUCACAUCAUGGUGGUCAGGACAGGAGACCAGGCCCGCACCUCCAAGGUCCGUUGCAGCACCCGGGACGGAUCAGCCCAGUCCGGAGUGGACUACAACCCCAAGAGCAGAGUGCUCAAAUUCACCCCUGGCAUGGACCACAUCCUGUUCAAUGUGGAGAUUCUGUCCAAUGAGGACAGAGAGUGGCACGAGUCCUUCUCGUUGGUCCUCGGACCUGACGACCCAGUGGAGGCGGUGCUUGGAGAGAUCACCACGGCAACAGUCACCAUCCUGGACCAGGAAGCUGUGGGGAGUCUCAUCCUACCGGCCACGCCCAUUGUGGUUUCUCUGUCAGACUAUGAUAACGUGGCUGAGGUGUCCAGGGAGGGCAGUAAGAAGCAGCCGUCGCCUGGUUACCCCCUGGUGUGUGUGACGCCCUGCGACCCCCACUACCCCAAAUACUCUGUGAUGAGGGAGCGCUGCGGCGAGGCAGGCAUCAACCAGACCUCUGUUCACUUCUCCUGGGAGGUGGCUGCCCCUACAGACACCAACGGGGCCAGGUCACCCUUCGAGACCGUCACUGAUACCACACCCUAUACUGGUGUUAACCAUAUGGUCCUGGACAGUAUCUAUUUCUCUCGGCGGUUCCAUGUACGCUGUGUGGCUCAGGCCCGGGACAAGUCCGGCCAUCUUGGAACACCCCUGAGGAGUAACAUAGCAACCGUCAGCACCGAGUGUUCCAUCUGCCACACCCCCGUCACCACGGGAACCGCCAGAGGGUUCCAGGCCCAGUCGUUCAUCGCCACGCUGAAGUACCUGGACGUCAAACACAAGAGGCAUCCGAACCGUAUCCACAUCUCGGUGCAGAUCCCCCACCAGGACGGUAUGCUGCCCCUAGUAUCCAGCAUGCCCCUCCACAACCUGCACUUCCUGCUGUCAGAGUCCAUCUACAGACAACAGCACGUCUGUUCUAACCUGGUCACUCUCAAAGACCUGCAGGGUGUCUCCGAGAUGGGUUUCCUGGAUGGUGUCCAGUAUGACAGUAUCUCUCUGGGUCCGGGUUACGACAGACCCUACCAGUUCAACCCCGGUGUCCGAGAGGCUCAGAGCAUCCGGCUGUAUAAACACCUCAACAUGAGGAGCUGCAUCUGGACCUUCGAUGCCUACUACGACAUGACGGAACUCAUAGACGUCUGUGGAGGCUCAGUCACUGCCGACUUCCAGGCGAGGGACUCGGCCCAGUCGUUCCUGACGGUGCAGGUUCCUCUCUACGUGUCGUAUAUCUACGUAACAGCUCCCAGGGGCUGGGCUUCACUGGAACACCACACUGAAAUGGAGAUCUCUUUCUUCUACGACACCGUGCUCUGGAGGACAGGCAUCCAGACAGACAGCGUUCUGUCAGCCAGACUCCAGAUCAUCAGGAUCUACAUAAGAGAAGAUGGCCGUCUGGUCAUCGAGUUCAAAACACACGCCAAGUUCAGGGGCCAGUUUGUCCCAGCACACCACACCCUGCCUGGCCACAAGUCCCACCUGAUGGUCCCGGACCACCUGGGGGGGAUAGAGUUCGACAUGCAGCUCAUCUGGAGCGCCCAGUCCUUUGAUUCUCCCUACCAGCUCUGGAAAGCCACCUCCUCUUACAGCAGGAAGGACUACUCUGGUGAGUACACCGUGUUUCUGAUCCCCUGUACCGUGCAGCCCACCCAGUCCUGGACCGACCCUGGAGACAAGCCUCUGUCCUGCACUGCCCACGCCCCAGAGAAGUUCCAGUUACCUAUAGCCUUCCAGCAGACCAACAGGCCCGUUCCAGUGGUAUACUCCCUCAACACUGAGUUUCAGCUGUGCAACAAUGAGAAGGUGUUCAUGAUGGACCCGGCCAUCUCCGACAUAUCCAUGGCUGAGAUGGACCACAAGGGAGCCUUCUCUAUGGGCCAGACGCUGUAUGGCAGAGUGCUGUGGAACCCAGAGCAGAACCUGAACUCAGCCUACAAGCUGCAGCUGGAGAAGGUGUACCUGUGUACGGGACGGGAUGGAUACGUGCCUUUCUUCGACCCCACGGGGACUCUGUACAACGAGGGCCCUCAGUACGGCUGCAUCCAGACCAACAAACACCUCAAACACAGAUUCCUGAUUCUGGAUCGGAAGCGGCCUGAAGUAUGUGACAGGUUCUUCCAUGAUGUUCCCUUCGAGGCCAACUUUGCGUCGGAUAUCACCGAACUACAGACCAUGACAGCCAUGCCUGGUGUUGAUGGUUUUACCAUGAAGGUUGAUGCCCUGUACAAGGUGGAGGCGGGACAUCAGUGGUACCUGCAGGUGAUCUAUGUGAUUGGUCCAGAGUCCAUCUCUGGCCCCAGGAUCCAGCGUUAUCUGACCCAUCAGCUUGCACACAGCAGCGACAUGGUGCGGGCUCGCCGGGACCAGACCAAUCAGCUGAGGCGAAGCAUUGACUACAGCCGCGCUCGCCGGGACCUGGUGGACCAAAGCGGGCAUCUCACCCUCGACGAGUCUCUGAUCUAUGAUAACGAGGGCGACCAGACGAAGAAUGGAACCAACAUGAAGAUUCUCAGACUCGAGGUCCCCGUUGCCUCCACAUUUAACCCCCAGAUGGGAGGAUCUACGGGCGGGGGCGUGGCUGCGCUGACCCUGCUGGUCCUCGUCCUGCUGGGUUCCUUUUUACUCUUCAGGAAGUGCCGACGGUCGGCUGGAAAGAAGCAGUCCAAGAUGGCGGAGGAGUACCCUCUGAACACCAAGGUAGAGGUCUAUCUAGAGAAGACCCUGGAGAAGAGCUUCAGCUCUAAACACUGCACAGUCAGGAACAUCAACCUCAACAUCAACCGGAAUCACGACAACGUCAACUCUAAGGUCAACGUCAACUCUAAGGUCAACGGAGAGGCAAAGGCCAACGGAGCGGCGAAGGUCAAGCAGGUCAACCUGGAGGUCAAGCUCCACAACAACCUAGGCAACGACGGCACUGAGGUCUGAGGAUCUCCCGCCUCCCUCCGGUGUUUCCCCUAGCUAGAUUAUUUUUCUAGACAGGGCGACAAAGGCCCCCCAAAACUAAGACCCUGGUCCUCCUCCUCAACGUGUCAGUUUAUACCAGUAGAAGUAGCAGUUCUACACUCCACCUACUCAUAGGGGAAACAUUGUCAAACAUAUCCUGAAAUUAAGGAGUAUUUAAUGACAAAUCUAAAAUAAAUCUGUUUUAGAGUUCAGGAAUAAUAUAUUGUUCGCUAAUGUUUUUUUAUACGACCUUGAUGUGAGAUAAAAAAAAUAAAAUGUAACGCGUUUUUGACGGCCAGCUAUGCAGAAUUUAUUCAAAUAAUUUCACACCUGGGCUACCCCAGGAAUAGAGAAAUGAGUGAACUAUCGCAUUAAACAGGAUUCAGUUUUUCCUCAUUUAAACAAAACUGAAUCGUCAUCGUUGAACGACGACGAUAGACUUUGGGAUCAGUCAGGUGAAAUCUGCUGCCUUGUUUUUCAACAACAACGCCAAACUGAUCAAUGUACGCUAGGUAGCUAACAUCGUCAAACUGAUCAAUGUACACUAGGUAGCUAACAUCGUCAAACUGAUCAAUGUACGCUAGGUUGCUAACAUCGCCAAACUGAUCAAUGUACGCUAGGUAGCUAACAUCGGCAAAAUGAUCAAUGUACGCUAGGUAGCUAACAUCGCCAAAAUGAUCAAUGUACGCUAGGUUGCUAACAUCGCCAAAAUGAUCAAUGUACGCUAGGUAGCUCAGGGACUUUUUCUGCAGAUUGUCUUGAAUAGUUUAAAUAGUUCAGAUAUAUCUCUGCUUGAUAAUUUCAUUGCCGCAACUGCAAUGAAAGUAUUGAACAUACUAAUGCCCCCGAUCCUAACUCCACUUUCAUUCACCAUGCCGUCAAUUCAUAGAAAGAAUGUUAGGAUUCAGGCCCACGGUGAGUUAUGAUCUGUUGUACACAAUUGAAAUAGUAUUGUGUUUAUUAUAUACACUGAGUGUAGAGAACAUUAGGGAACACCUUCCUAAUGAGUGUCACCCCCUUUUGCCCUCAGAACAGCCUCAAUAUGUUGGGGAAUGGACUCUUCAAGGUUUCAAAAGCAGUGAUGCUGGACCACAGGGAUGGUAGACCCCAGGGAGGGUUAACCACAGGGAUGGUGGACCCUGGAUGCCCUUUGAGUGGUGGACCACAGGGAUGGUUAACCACAGGGAUGGUAGACCCCAGGGAGGGUUAACCACAUGGAUGGUGGACCCUGGAUGCCCUUUGAGUGGUGAACCACAGGGAUGGUGGACCACAGGGAUGGUUAACCACAUGGAUGGUGGGCAACAGGGAUGGUGGACCACAGGGAUGCUGGACCACAGGGAUGGUGGACCACAGGGAUGGUGGACCACAGGGAUGGUGGACCACAGGGAUGCUGGACCACAGGGAUGCUGGACCACAGGGAUGGUGGACCACAGGGAUGGUGAACCACAGGGAUGGUGUGCAACAGGGAUGGUGAACCACAGGGAUGGUUAACCACAGGGAUGGUGGGCAACAGGGAUGGUGGACCACAGGGAUGGUGGACCACAGGGAUGGUGGACCACAGGGAUGGUGAACCACAGGGAUGGUUAACCACAGGGAUGGUGGACCACAGGGAUGGUGGACCACAGGGAUGCUGGACCACAGGGAUGGUGGACCACAGGGAUGGUGGACCACAGGGAUGGUUGACCACAGGGAUGCUGGACCACAGGGAUGGUGGACCACAGGGAUGGUGGACCACAGGGAUGGUGAACCACAGGGAUGGUGGACCACAGGGAUGGUGGACCACAGGGAUGCUGGACCCUGGAUGUUCUUUGAGUGGUGGACCCAAAGGGUGGUGGACCAUUCUUGAUACACACGGGAAACUGUUGAGCGUCUAAAACCCAGCAGCGUUGUAGUUCUUGACACACUCAAACCGGUGUGGCCUGGCACCUAUAUUACCAUCCCCCGUUCAAAGGCACUUAAAUAUUUUGUCUUGCCCAUUCACCCUCUGAAUAGCACACAUACACUAUCAAUGUCUCAACUGUCUCAAGACUUGAGUAUUCUCCUUUAACCUGACUCCUCCCCUUUCAUCUACACUGAUUGAAGUGGAUUUAACAUUAGUGACAUCAAUAGGGGAUCAUAGCUUUCACCUGGAUUCACCUGGUCAGUCUAUAUCAUGGAAAGAGCAGGUGUUCCUAAUGUUUUGUAUGCACACUGUAUAUUCAAGUGCAAUUACUACUACAUGAACACACUCUCUCUCUCUCUCUCUCUGUCUCUGUCUCUGUGUCUCUGUGUCUCUGUGUCUCUGUGUCUCUGUGUCUCUCUCUCUCUUCAAACCCAGUUCUCUGCCCAUGGAGCUAAGAUUCAGCCUUUCUAAUAGUCUAGUGUGUUUUCAUCUUUUAAGACAACAGCUCAAAAGCUUUUUUUUAUUUGUAAUUUUCUUUAUUUUAUUCAACUUUAUUUAGAUUUCCAUUUUUUAAAUUUAAUUUAACCUUUAUUUAACCAGGCAAGUCAGAACAUAUUCUUAUUAGUGCCAUUACGUGUAGUACUGUCUCAUGCAAAUAGUCCAAUGGGUAAGAAGUGCACUGUGAAUACUACUACUACCGUAGAUUAUAUAGCCUAGAUAGGUUGAUACCCAUGGAAAUAGAAUCGCCAACCAUCGUGGCAUCAUUGACUUGAAUGGGGAGAUCUGUUCUACUCAUUCUAAUUCUGUGUUGAAGCUCCCACUCCCAUUGGGUGCUACUCUAGCCUUAUAAUUACUUCUACAGUGUAACCGAUUGGAUUUCUUGUUUUUUAUUUUUUCUAUUUUAACAUGUUACAUAUAACUCUGGAUUAUUUUAUACAACACGCGUGUCUACGUUUUUAUUGCCUUGCCUUCAUUCUGCCAAAAGACCCAGAAUUACCUCAGUUAUAUUCUUUCAACGUACAAUACAAGUUCAAUCUCAUCGCAACACUAUGGAUCCAUUCCAAAUAGCACCCUAUUCCCUAUAUAGUGCCUAACUUCUGAGCCCUAGAUAGGGAAUAGGAUGCUUUUAGGGAUGUAGUCACUGAUGAUGAUUGGUUGAUUGGUGACGGAUGAUUGCUUCAGCGCAACGCCAAAAGCACGUACUGUAGACUGCGUUUACACAGCCAGCCCAAUUCUGAUCCCCCCCCCCCUCACUAAUUGGUCUUUAGAACAAUUAGUUCAGCUCUGAAUAAAUAUCUGAUGUGAAUAGAUCUGAUGUGAUUGACAGGUUGGUAGAAAAAUAUAUAUCAGAUUUGGGCUGCAUGUGUAGAUGCAGAAUGUUCUGCAGAAAACCAUUCUGUUGUGCAUUGAUUUGUCAAUAGCUCUCUCUCUCUCUCUCUCUCUCUCUCUCUCUGUGUCUCUCUCUCUCUCUCUCUCUCUCUCUCUCUCUCUCUCUCUCUCUCUCUCUGUCUCUCUGUCUCUCUGUCUCUCUCUCUCUCUCUGUCUCUCUCUCUCUCUCUCUCUCUCUCUCUCUCUCUCUCUCUCUCUCUCUCUGUCUCUCUGUCUCUCUCUCUCUCUCUCUCUCUCUCUCUCUCUCUCUCUCUCUCUCUCUCUCUGUCUCUCUCUGUCUCUCUCUCUCUCUCUCUCUCUCUCUCUCUCUCUCUCUCUCUCUCUC